AUGUGGCCGUUAGCGCCACUGGUGAUUCGGUUGGCUGCCGUCUCACUGGUGGCGCUUGCUCUCGCCGAUGGCGGUUCUGGUAGUCGUGCCUUGGCUACGGUGAAAACGCCGAGGCGUACAACCGUUAUGCCAAUAAGGAACACGGCAGCCAGUCAAAGGAAAGAACGCCGACGCAAUCGACGCCGAACUACAACUAAAACUACUACAACUACUACUACUGAAAUGUAUGAUGACGACGAUGAGCACACCACCCCCGUCAUUACUACCACUGUCGACCCGCGCUCCUUCGAUCAUACUGAAAUGGGCAGCUGCGAAGUACCCCUGGGCAUGGAAAAUGGCAUGAUAUCAAAUGAGUCCCUCGCUGCCAGUUCAAGCUACGAUCAAAGCGUAUCUCCACUAAGCUCGAGGAUAAGAACCGAAAUACGAGGUGGUGCGUGGUGCCCUAAUGGGCUUAUAUCGACCCGCAGUCGUCAGUUUCUGGAAUUAGACCUCCAUGCUGAAUACAUGAUCACGGCUACCGAGUCUCAAGGUAGAUUCGCCAACUCUAUAGGAGUGGAGUUUGUAGAGAGUUACGCCGUGGAGUACUGGCGCGACGCCCUAAAGCGCUGGGUAAAAUAUAAGGAUUUCAACGGCAACCGACAAUUACCUGGAAAUGUCAAUACUUACACGCCACGGAAAACUGCUUUAGAAGCUCCGUUUGUUGCAUCUAAAGUUCGAUUUUACCCAUACGCUUCACACCCUAGGACUGCCUGCAUGAGAGUCGAGAUUUACGGCUGCCGCUGGAAACAGGCUCUUAUUGCGUACUCCGCACCGAAAGGUGGAGAUAUGCAGUCGAUGACAGGCGGUGCACGUUUCGAAGAUCUCUCUUAUGAUGGUGUUAUACGUAAUGGCCGAAUGAUAGAUGGCCUAGGCCAAUUGACCGACUCAUUUAGCGGACCCAACGAUUUUGAAUUACCCGAUCCACUGGAUACACAAGGCACUCGAUGGGUUGGUUGGAAUAAAACUAUGAUGGUGGACGAUGAAGUGAAAAUAACAUUUAACUUCAGCGAUACUAGAUUAUUCCAUUAUGUGGAUAUUCAUACAAAUAACAUGUUUACGAAAGACGUACAGCUGUUCAAAGAAGCCGAAGUAUAUUUCUCCCUCGAAGGAGAACGUUGGCAAGAGGACUAUAUUUCGAACGAACCGAAGCAAGAUAGAGUCUCAGAACACGCUCGGAUAAUUCACAUUGACCUGGAGAACCGCACAGCAAAACACAUUAUGUUCAAGCUGAAGUUUCAACACGAAUGGAUACUACUCAGUGAGGUUACCUUCACUUCAGUUCCGACAGUUGUGAAUUCCUCUGUUGAAUUUCUGGAAGAGUACUACCGUUCUGACAAUUCACCUUCAUCACGGAAGAAAAGAAACUCGUCGUUCACAAUUUCUGUGGGUUGGACGUGCGGUGCGGUGGUCGGUGGGGGCUUGUUGAUAGCGAUUAUAGCUGUUCUACUAACGAAGAGAACUAGGCGGAUGCUAGUUAAUUUGUUGAAAAAACCUUUCUGUCCGACGAUAAGAAACUCUAAUGCAAGGAACAACCGAAGGGCGCCGAGGCUCGCUUUAGCUCUCGCGAACUGUCCUCCCAUACACAUGCUACGUCCGGCGGUCGUCGAUGAAGAUUACAGGGAGCCCUACAACAUAUGGAGGGAGACUCUCGGUCGUCGUGAGAAACUCAACAUGCAUGAUCAAAACGAGUACAAUGAGAUUUGCGAAGACCCGGAAUUCCCGCGGCCCUACAUGAUGAAACGACCGGACCCUCACGAAAGCUUCUACGCGGCUACGGAUAUAAUCCAUCAUACGUAUCCCGAUGAACGAACAUACAGGCGUGAACGACCACCCCCUGGACUGUUCACCUCGAUUAAGCUACCAGAAGCAGAGCCCCCGAAUGGAGUCGCACCCUUGUUAGAUUUUCCACGAGGUCGUAUGAGACCUGUAACCUUUCUUGGUGAAGGUCCCCAUGGCACUCUCCAGAUUUGCGAGACGGAUGGUAUCGACGAACUGAGCGACGAGGAAUUGCCCACUGGCAAUCGCCGCCGUCUUGUUGUGGUGAAGACUUUGUGGCGCGGGUGCCAUAGCGAUGUCAAGGCGGCGUUUGCCCGCGAAGCCACAUGGGGGGCUGGCCUGAAGCAUCCACAACUCGCACGCGUGCUUGGAUUGAGCCUGCUAGAACCUCCAUGCGCGGCACUCGACCGCGGGGACGCUAUACCAUUACCGACGAUUCUGAAGAUGGAACGCAGAUUGAGCUAUGCGAGUUUAAUCCGCGUAUGCUGCCAGAUUGCAAGCGGCAUGAAGUACCUGGAAUCGUUCGAGUUGGUACACCGAGACCUCGCAGCAAGAAACGUAACAGUAAGCGACGGUCUCCGCAUUAAAGUGGCAGACUACGCCAUGUUCUGCGAAGAAUUUAUUGGCGACUACCACAUAAUGGCUGAUGGAUCGCGCAUACCGUUACGUUGGAUGGCUUGGGAAAGUUUACUGAUGGGCAUCUACUCACCAGCUAGUGAUGUUUGGUCAUUUGGGGUAACAGUAUGGGAGGUGCUUACUUACUGCUUAGCAAAACCGUUCGAGGAAAUGAACGACGAUCAGGUGGUGACUAACGCUAGUGAUUGGCGCUAUGGAGCCCGUGGCGCUCGCGUGCCGGCAGCGCCGUUACCACGCUGCCGCCGCGAGCUCUACGAUCUGAUGCACGAAUGCUGGCGACGUGAGCCGAUUCAACGGCCACGCUUCCACGACCUGCACAGAUUCCUCGAUCGUAUGACUCAUGGCUACAAACCUCCUACACAUCGUUAA